GUGAGCAACCGCAAAUAUGGCGUCUCAAACCCCCGCCGUUGUCAUGGACAACGGUACGGGAUAUUCGAAGCUCGGAUUCGCCGGCAACGACUCCCCCUCCUUCGUUUUCCCCACUGCCAUAGCCACCAAAGGCCCAACAGGCGGUAGCGGCGGCUCAGGCUCUGGACGGCCAGCAGUCGCGAACAAGCCCACGUAUUUGACGGGCGGUGCAGGGCCUGGUGGACAUCUCUCUGGGAAGCGAGGCACGGAAGACUUGGACUACUUCAUCGGUGACGAGGCCCUCUCCGCAGCCGCAGGUGCGGGAUACGGCAUCAACUACCCAAUUCGACAUGGCCAGAUAGACAACUGGGACCUUAUGGAACGUUUUUGGUCCAACUCGAUCUUCAAGUACUUGAGGGUGGAGCCGGAGGACCACCACUUCCUCCUCACCGAGCCUCCACUGAACCCUCCGGAAAACCGUGAAGCUACCGCCGAGAUCAUGUUCGAGUCCUUCAACGUUGCCGGUCUGUACAUCGCCGUACAAGCUGUUCUUGCCCUGGCUGCCUCAUGGACAAGCUCCAAGGUCCAGGACCGAUCGCUCACCGGUACCGUCAUCGACUCCGGAGCAGGUGUCACACACGUUAUUCCCGUCGCCGAGGGCUACGUCAUUGGCUCGUCGAUCAAGAGCGUGCCCAUUGCAGGUCGCGACAUCACCAACUUUGUACAAUCCCUCCUGCGAGAGCGCGGCGAGCCCGACUCGUCUCUUCAGACUGCAGAGCGCAUCAAAGAAGAGUUCUGUUAUGUGUGCCCCGAUAUUGUCAAGGAGUUUGCACGCUUCGACCGCGAGCCCGAGGAUCGAUUCAAGAAGUACACGGUCAACCACCCGAACGGCAAGUCGGCAACGGUCGACGUCGGAUAUGAGCGAUUUUUGGCACCUGAGAUCUUUUUCAACCCCGAGAUUUAUUCUUCGGAUUUCCUGACCCCGCUUCCCACCAUCGUCGACACCGUUAUCCAGACGUCCCCCAUCGACGUGCGUAGAGGACUGUACAAGAACAUUGUGCUCUCGGGAGGUUCUACGCUAUACAAGGACUUUGGACGACGCUUGCAGCGCGACAUCCGACACCUGGUGGAUGCGAGGAUCAAGGCGUCAGAAGCUAAGAGCGGAGGCGCGAAGAGUGGUGGUUUGGACGUUCAGGUCAUCUCGCACAAGAGGCAAAGACACGGCCCGUGGUUUGGAGGCAGUUUGCUCGGCCAGACGCCCGAGUUCAAAAGUUACUGCCACACGAAAGCAGAGUACGAUGAGAUUGGCCCCAGCAUUGUCCGGAGGUUCGCACUGCUGGGAGGGCCGGGCAGCACGUAAGCACAAUUUGGUGAGGCGUGUGAGCGAUAAGUGGAGAUGUUGGGAGACUGCUGUUGAGCGUGAAUGUGGUCAUUACACACAAUCUAUCCAGAUGAUGAUGCAUUCACAACACGAAUUCUCUGCAUGCCAUGAGUCGACACUUGAUCAUAUACUUCAUAUACCUUACCACAUAUACAUGCCCCCCUAAUCACACAUAGCCAAUCCCAACCCAAAACAAAGAUCAAG